CGACCAAGCCGCGCCCGUCGAGAAGUUCCGCAAGGAUUAUGCGCCGACGCCUUACGCCAUCAGCGAAAUUGAGCUCGACUUCUCACUGCACGACGGCGAGACGGCCGAGUCGCGCGCCACGACGGUCACGUCGCGCCUUCACGUCUCGCGCCGCCCCGGCGCCGACGCCGGCGCCAGCCUCGACCUCGACGGCGAGGACCUCGAGCUCGUCUCGCUGGCGGUGGACGGCGUCGAGCUCACGCCCGGCGGCGGCGCCUACGCCGUCGAAGGCGACGUCCUCUCGAUUGAUUCCUCGGCUCUGCCGGCUGGCGAGGCGCCGUUUGUGCUCGAGUCGGUCGUCCGUCUCGCGCCGGCGGCCAACCUGCAGCUCUCCGGCCUGUACAAGUCCGGCGGCAUGUUCUGCACGCAGUGCGAGGCGGAAGGCUUCCGCCGCAUCACCUACUACUACGACCGGCCAGAUGUGAUGGCCACGUUCAGCCGCGUGCGGCUCGAGGCGGGCAAGGAGUCGUACCCAGUGCUCCUCUCCAACGGGAACAAGCUGGAGCACGGCGACUGCGGCGGCGGCAGGCACUUUGCGGUGUGGGAGGACCCGUAUCCAAAGCCGAGCUACCUGUUCGCGCUCGUCGCCGGCGAUCUCGGCAAGGUGAGCGGCACCUUCCAGACGGCGUCGGGGCGGCAGGUCGAGCUGAACGUGUACUCGGAGAAGGAGAACGUCGACCAGUGCGACCACGCGCUGGCGUCGCUGAUCAAGUCGAUGCAGUGGGACGAGGAGCGGUUCGGCCUCGAGUACGACCUGAGUCUGUACAACAUCGUCGCGGUCAACGACUUCAACAUGGGCGCGAUGGAGAACAAGGGGCUCAACAUCUUCAACACGGCGCUCACCCUCGCCAAGCCCUCCACCGCCACCGACGACAACUACGAGCGCAUCGAGAGCGUGAUCGGGCACGAGUACUUUCACAACUGGUCGGGCAACCGCGUGACGUGCCGCGACUGGUUCCAGCUCACCCUCAAGGAGGGGCUCACGGUCUUCCGCGACCAAGAGUUCUCAAGCGACGUCGGGUCGCGCCCCGUGGUUCGCAUCGAGAAUGUCAAGUCCGUGCGCGGCCGCCAGUUCAUCGAGGACGCCGGGCCGAUGUCGCACCCGAUCCGGCCAGAGUCGUACAUUGCGAUGGACAACUUUUACACGUCGACCGUCUACGAGAAGGGCGCGGAGGUGAUCCGGAUGUACAUGACGCUCGUCGGCAAGGACGGGUUCCGCAGAGGGCUGACCGAGUACUUCAAGCGCCACGACGGCGCCGCGGUCACGUGCGACGACUUCCGCGCGGCGAUGGCCGAUGCAAACGGCGUGGACCUUGCCCAGUUCGAGCGGUGGUACACGCAGGCGGGGACGCCGGUCCUCACCGCGGCGGGCGCGUACGACGCCGCCGCCGGCGUCUACUCGCUCACGCUGUCGCAAGCGUGCCCGCCGACGCCGGGGCAGGCGGCCAAGGAGCCGUUUCACAUCCCGGUGGUGGUUGGGCUGCUCGACGCGGAGAGCGGCGCGGAGGUGGUCGCCUCGCGCACGCUCGAGCUGCGCGAGGCCUCGCAGACCUUCACCUUCGACGGGCUGCCCGCGCCGGUCGUGCCGUCGAUCCUGCGCGGCUUCUCGGCGCCCGUCAAGCUGGCGCCCGUGAAGCUGGUGCACGAGCCCGCCCUCACCGACGACACCCUCGCCUUUCUUGCGGCGCACGACACCGACGCCUUCAACCGGUGGGAGGCCGGGCAGGCCCUCGGCGCCAAGCUCGUGCUCGACACCGCCUCCGCCUUCGCCGCGGCAGGCGGCGCGAAGCCGGACGCGGCCGUCGAGCUGCCCGCGCCCUUCCUCGCCGCCUUCCGGUCGACCCUCUCCGACGCGAGCCUCGACCCGUCCCUCCGCGCGUACGCUCUCGUGCUGCCUCCGCUCUCGGAGCUCUCGCAGGCGAUGGCGGUCAUCGACCCGACCAACUUGCCCGCCGCCCGCCGCGCGGUGCGCCGCUCGCUCGCGCUCGCCUGCGAGCAGGAGCUGGUCGCGCUCUACGACUCCCUCGCCCCGCCGCCCGGCGCGCCCUUCUCGGUGGACGGCGCUGAGAUCGGCCGCCGCCGGCUGCGCAACUGCGCGCUCGGCUACCUCUGCUCGCUGCCCGACGGCUCGCCGGGGGGGCGCGACGCGGUCGCGCGCGCAAAGGCGCAGUUCGACGCCUCCGCCGGCUGCAUGACGGACCGCCUCGCCGCCUUCUCCUGCCUCGUCGGCAAGCCCGACGACUCGCCCGCGGCCGCCGAGCGCGCGGCUGCCGUCGCCGCUUUCCACGAGGCCGCGGGCGGCGACGCGCUCGUGGUAAACAAGUGGUUCAUGACGCAGGCCACGGCGGACCGCGCCGGGCUGCUCGACGACGUCAAGGCGCUCGUCCAGCACCCGGACUUUUCGUGGACCAACCCGAACCGGCUCCGCUCCGUCGUCUCCGCCUUCGCCUCGUCGAUGGAGCACUUCCACGCGCCGGGCGGCGCCGCGUAUGCGUGGCUCGGCGACGCGAUCGAGAAGGUCGACAAAAUCAACCCGCAGGUGGCGAGCCGGCUGGCGGGCGCCUUUGCGCUGCACAAGCGGUACGACGCCGAGCGCGGCGAGCUGAUGCGCGCGCAGCUUUCGCGGAUCAAGGCGCUGCCGGGCCUCUCCAAGGACACCUUCGAGGUGUGCGCUCGCUCGCUCGCGUGAGCGCGCUUCGCGGCGGCGGCGGCGGCGGCGGCGGCGGCGGCGGCGGCGGCGGCGGCAGCGGGCGCGAGAGGGGCCGUAGCGGAGCGGAAUGGGGAGAGCUUUAGGCGCAGCCGCGGGUUGCGAGAGGAGGUGGGCGUAUUCGUGGCGGGGUCGCCGCCUUGCGAUGUUGCGUGGUCCGUCCGCGAGGCGCCUUCCCUUUCGGUUUAAAGCCACAAACCCGUUAGAGAUAGAAUCCGCCUCGGAUAUAAAUUAG